UUGAAAAAUCAAAAUCUUUUCGUCAACAUUUUAACCAUUCAUUCAUUCAUUUCUUUGAUCUGUCAGUGAUAUUUUUUUUUUGUUGAAAACGUUGAUAAAAAACAAUCAUUAAAAAAUGGCAAUGUCAGUUCCAAGAGCACCCGGCUUUAUGUCGAUGAUGAAAGAAGGUAGCCGUUAUUAUGCCGGUGUUGAAGAAUCUUGUUUACGUAAUAUUGAAGCAUGUACCGAAUUUGCUCAAACAUUUAAAUCAUCAUAUGGACCACGUGGUUUAAAUAAAAUGAUUAUUAAUCAUUUGGAAAAAUUAUUUGUUACAUCAGAUGCUGGUACUAUAAUGAGUGAAUUGGAUGUUAAUCAUCCAGCUGCCAAACUUAUGGUUCAAGCUUCACAAAUCAUGGAACAUGAGGUUGGUGAUGGAACCAAUUUUGUUAUUCUUUUAGCUGGAGCUUUAUUGGGAAAUUCCGAAGAAUUAAUUCGUUUAGGUUUGAAACCAACCGAAAUAAUCGAUGGUUAUAAUAUGGCUUCGCAGAAAAUUCUUGAAGAAUUUCUACCUACCGUUGUUGUUGAUGAAGUUAAAGAUGUUACCAAUGUUUCAGAAAUACGAAAACCAAUUCGUACUUCAUUGAUGAGUAAACAAUAUGGUAAUGAAGAUUUUCUUGCUGAUUUAGUUAUCAAAGCUGCUCUUUCUGUUUAUGAUCGACAAAGUGGUCAUUUUAAUGUUGAUAAUGUUCGUGUAUGUAAAAUUCUUGGUUCAGGUAUUGAAAGUUCACAAGUAAUCAAUGGAAUGAUAUUUAAAAAAGCAGUCGAAGGUGAUGUUACAAGUGUAAAAGAUGCCAAAGUUGUUUGCUAUACAUGUCCUGUCGAUGUACAGGCAACCGAAACCAAAGGAACUGUUUUAAUUAAAACAGCUGAAGAAUUGAAAAAUUUUAGCAAAGGUGAAGAAAAUGUUCUUGAAGCACAGAUUAAAGCUAUUGCCGAUUCCGGUGCAAAGAUUAUUGUUUCGGGUGGCAAAUAUGGUGAUUUAGCAUUGCAUUAUAUAAACAAAUUCGGUAUGAUGGCUGUUCGUUUGCAUUCGAAAUUUGAUCUUCGUCGACUUUGUCAAACGGUAGGUGCUACAGCAUUGACAAAAUUGAUUGCUCCAACAUCUGAAGAACUUGGAUCUAUUGAUGCUGCUUUUAUCGAUGAAAUCGGUGGUACUAGUGUAGUUAUUUUUGAACAAGAUUCCAAAUCAACAAGAAUAUCUACCGUUGUUGUUCGUGGUUCUACCGAUAAUCUAAUGGAUGAUGUUGAACGUGCUUUAAACGAUGGCCUUAAUACAUUCAAAGUACUUACACGUGAUGGUCGAUUAGUUGCUGGUGCUGGUGCAUGUGAAAUUGAAUUGGCACGUAAAAUUUCCGAUUAUGCUGAAACAUUACCCGGAUUAGAACAAUAUGCUGUAGGGAAAUUUGCUGAAGCUUUACAAAGUCUACCGGUUGUUAUUGCUCAGAAUGGUGGUAUCAAUCAACAAGAUAUAUUAUCAUUAUUAUUGUCAUCACAUCAAGAAGGUCGAAAUACUGAUGGUGUUGAUAUUGGUUCGGAUUCAGCUGCUGUACAGAAUAGUAUAGACAAUUUGAUAUUUGAUUUGUAUUUGACCAAAUAUUGGGGUAUAAAAUAUGCAUCACAAGUAACCAAUACCAUAUUACAAGUGGAUCAGAUUAUCUGUUCUAAACCGGCCGGUGGACCAAAACCACCACAACAACAAGGACAUUGGGAUCAAGAUUAAUGAUGAUCAAAAUUCAAUGAUUGGAUUGGAUUGAUUGCGAAUGGAUUUGCAAAUUAUAAUAUUAUCUUCAAAUGCUUAUCUGCUUAAAAUUUUUAAACAAAAUAUUG